UGGCUGCACCCCGAUACCGCGGCUCCGCCUGUUUCCCCGGGUCCUUUGAUCACGCGCCUGCUGGCUCUUCCGGGGCCCGGGAGCCAACCGAGGGCGUUCCUUUCCGGGCUGCAGCGGCGGGAGGGAGCCCGGGGGAGGCACCCUCCCGAGGCGGUACUGCCCAUGCGGACUACCAGGCCCUCCGGCUGCCGAUGUCAUGAGUAACACCACAGUGCCCAAUGCCCCGCAGGCCAACAGCGACUCCAUGGUGGGCUAUGUGUUGGGACCUUUCUUCCUCAUCACCCUGGUCGGGGUGGUGGUGGCUGUGGUGAUGUACAUCCAGAAGAGAAAACGGGUGGACCGGCUUCGCCAUCACCUGCUCCCCAUGUACAGCUACGACCCUGCCGAGGAGCUGCAUGAGGCCGAGCAGGAGCUGCUGUCAGACGUGGGGGACCCCAAGGUGGUCCAUGGCUGGCAGAGUGGCUACCAGCACAAGCGGAUGCCCUUGCUGGAUGUCAAGACAUGACCUGAGCCCCCUGAUCCGCCCCUCCCCGAACCACGGGGUCUUGAUUGCCCAGGGCCCCGCAGCCUGCUGCUCCCCCCCAGCACCCUUCCCUCCAGCCUGGCUCCUAAGCCCUGCAGAGCCACCAGCCUCCACUGGACCCACCUCCUCACUCCCUCCUAGGCUUUCCGUCCUUUGUGGGAUGAGCCUACCUACCAGCCACUCCCAGGAACUAAUGAGAAUGUUUCUUCCUGGGGUGAAAGGGUGGCUGGGAUUACCAGGUGGGGCUUUGCCCUUCCACGGGCACCUUUCUCUAGCCCUCCCAAGACAUAGCUUUGGAGCUGUUCCCAUGGUGACAGGGCCUAAUGUAUAUUCAGUAUAUAUAUUUUGUAAAUAAAAUGUUUUGUGGCUA